ACGGUUGUGGAUAACCUGUUGAACAGCGAGGAUGUCCACUACAUGCUCGAGGCCCUGGACGCGCUUGGGCUCUCAGUGGAAGCAGACAAAGUUGCAAAAAGAGCUGUAGUCGUCGGCUGCGGCGGCAGGUUCCCGAUUGAAAAGGAUGCCAAGGAGGAAGUAAAGCUCUUCUUGGGCAACGCUGGAACUGCAAUGCGGCCAUUGACGGCAGCUGUAGUAGCUGCUGGUGGAAAUGCGACUUAUGUUCUUGAUGGAGUACCAAGAAUGAGGGAGCGUCCUAUCGGUGACUUAGGUGUUGGUUUGAAACAACUAGGUGCGAGUGUUGAUUGUUUCCUCGGCACUGACUGCCCACAUGUUCAUAUCAACGGCAUUGGAGGGCUACCUGGUGGCAAGAUCACAUGGGUCUAUCAUGAACUAGCACUUAACAUUGAACCACAUUCCACAGGUUAA